AUGGGGAUCCUAGCUCUUGUUGAGGACCGGCCUACGCCCAAGUCUGUUUACAACUGGAGGAUCUACCUUCUUGCCGCUGUUGCAUCUUGCACGUCGUGCAUGAUUGGUUAUGACAGUGCUUUCAUCGGAACUACCCUGUCUUUGCAAUCCUUCAAGGAUGAAUUCAACUUCGACGCCAUGGGCGACAGCGAACGGAAUCUACUCAGUGCCAACAUCGUCUCCACCUACCAGGCUGGUGCCUUCUUCGGUUCGUUCUUUGCAUACCCCAUUGGUCACUUCUGGGGUCGACGAAUUGGUCUCCUGGCUUCUGCUUUGGUUUUCCUUUUUGGUGCUGGUCUCAUGCUGGGUGCCAAUGGCGAUCGAGGUCUUACUCUUCUCUACGUUGGACGUGUCUUUGCGGGUCUCGGUGUUGGCGCAGGUUCCAACAUCACCCCUAUUUACAUUUCCGAGUUGGCGCCUCCCGCUAUUCGAGGUCGACUGGUCGGUGUCUAUGAACUUGGCUGGCAGAUUGGUGGCCUCGUAGGAUUUUGGAUUAACUAUGGUGUCGAACAAACAAUGGCCCCCAGCCACAAGCAAUGGAUCAUCCCGUUCGGAGUGCAGUUGAUUCCUGCUGGUCUCAUGCUCAUUGGCGGUGUUUUCGUUCGCGAAUCUCCACGUUGGUUGUUCUCACGCGGCCGCCGUGAUGAGGCUAUGAACAAUCUCUGCUGGAUCCGCCAACUGGACCAGAACGAUAUCUAUAUGAUUGAGGAGGUUGCUGCUAUCGACCAGGCUCUUGAGGAACAGCGCUCCACCAUUGGCAUUGGUUUCUGGAAGCCCUUCAAGGCUGCUGGUUCCAAUAAGAAGGUCAUGUGGCGUCUGUUCCUGGGUUCGAUGCUGUUCUUCUGGCAGAACGGCUCAGGUAUCAAUGCCAUCAACUACUACUCACCAACCGUUUUCAAGGCUAUUGGUGUUCAAGGAAACAACAGUCUGUUCACCACUGGUAUUUUCGGCGUAGUAAAGACGGUAGUCACCUUCGUCUGGCUGCUGUACCUUAUCGAUCGUGUCGGUCGCCGCAACUUACUCCUGAUCGGUGCCCUGGGUGGCUCGAUUUGCAUGUGGAUCGUCGGCGCGUACAUCAAGAUUGCAGACCCAUCGAAUAACCCCAAGCCGCACAUGGAUGGCGGUGGUAUCAUGGCCAUGUUCUUCUUCUACCUCUGGACCGUCUUCUAUACCCCAACCUGGAACGGCACCCCGUGGGUCCUGAACUCGGAAAUGUUCGAUCCCAACAUGCGUUCUCUCGCACAAGCUUGCGCCGCUGCAUCCAACUGGCUUUGGAACUUCCUCAUCUCGCGCUUCACCCCGCAGAUGUUUGCCAAGAUGGAGUACGGCGUGUUCUUCUUCUUUGCUUCGCUGAUGCUGCUUUCCAUCGUCUUUGUCUAUUUCCUCGUCCCCGAGACCAAGGGUAUCCCACUGGAGAGCAUGGAUGCUCUCUUCGAGAUCAAGCCCGUUUGGCGUGCGCACCCCACCAUGGUCGCUCGCCUCCGCGAGGAGGAACAGCAGUUCCGCCACGAUGUUGAGGAGAAUGGUGCUGCUGCGGCUAAGCUUGAUGCUCAGCAGGUUGAAGAUGCUUCCACCGAGCAAGCCAAGUUUGCCUAA